UGACUUGGCCAAGAUGUACUAUUGCCAAAAAGGACACCAGUUUGAGGUUGUAUUUUUUUAUUUAAUUUUUUUCAUGUACAAUCAACAAUGUACGUACUUACCCGGUCACUUGAUGAGAACAGACAUGUCGAGGGGCUUGUGGUUGCAGAGGUUUUAGGUCUGCUGUCAGGUCAUCCAUUUUUAAAAUGCAUAAAAAUGUAAACUCUAUCUUUAAACUUAUCUCAAAGGACACCGUUGUCAUUCUUUGGCAACAAAAUGCCACAAGAUGGCACCGAAAUACUUUUAGCUUAAUCGAGAAUACUGUAUCUGGGGAGACAAGAUUACAAAUGAGAGUUUCUAAAAUGCUGUAGAUCAAGAUCGCAAAUAGAUUCCUUAGAGAUAAGGUGAGAAGCUGGGUCAUCCGGGAGGGGCUCAGAUUUGAGCCGCUUCUCCUCCACAUCGAGAGGAGCCAGAUGAGGUGGCUCGGGCAUUUGAUUAGGAUGCCUCCUGAAUGCCUUCUUGGUGAGGUGUUCCGGGCACGUCCCACCGGCAGAAGGCCCCGGGGACAACCCAGGACACGCUGGAGAGACUAUUGUUACCAAGCUGGCUUGGGAACGCCUCAGGAGAAGUGGCUGGGGAGAGGGAAGUCUGGGUUUCACUGCUAAAGCUGCUGCCCCCGUGACCCGACCCCAGAUAAGCGGUAGAAAAUGGAUGGAUGGCAAACAGAGGAGGGAAAACACAGAGGGUACUAACAUUGAACAAACUACAGGUAGUAACUCUGGUAAUUGUGUGUUGCAGCUACUAAAACGCCAGCGCAGUGUCAGCGUGCCAGGAGCAAACCCCCAGGUUUACCUGGCUGCCUUAGAAACAUCCAAAAACUACCUCAGACCCCAGAUGGAGAGAGCACCCUGCUUCACGUCAUCCAAGAGAGGUACGGCAGACUGGUUCGGUGUAAGCAAAGACGGCGAGAGCAGCCAGCGAUGGAGGAGGAAGAGCCUGCAGCAUUGCAGUCAUCUCUACGGUGGGCUAAAGGCUCAGGUGAUGAGGGGCAUGGAGCUGACCAGCCAAGACAACCUCUCCCUGGCCAGCACUGAGACCCCUCCACCCCUUUAUCUCACGCCACACCACCCUAGUCACCAUCACAAUGGCAUGCAGAGGAUUGUGGACCCCCUUGCUCGUGGUCGCGCCUUCCGUACGGUGGAAGAGGUAGAUGGCUUCGGCGCGCCGCCGACUCACACCAACGCCUGCACGGCUUCGCUAUGCUCCUUUUCCAGCUCCCGCUCGGCCCUCAGCAUGUUGCCACGGCGACGCAAACGGGAGUCGGUUGCCGUCAUGAGCCUCAAAGCUGCCUCGGCGUUGAUGAAGGGCCGUGCAUUAGGUGAAAGCGGCGCAGGACGGUACCGCAAGCGGAGUUUCCUGCCCUCUAGUUUCUUUGAAGAUGACACGCUGGACUUCCCCGAUUAUCUGGACACGUCUUUCUUCACUGGGGAGGGUCUACCGGAUGAGCUUUCCACCUAUGCGGAUGAAGUUUUCGAGACGGCAUCGGAGGCCGCGCACCGUCAAUCGGAUGAGGGCGAGCUCACCGGAAGUGCGCUGGAUAGGAACGAACUGGAGAGAAGUCACCUGAUGCUGCCAUUAGAGCGAGGAUGGCGCAAAGCAAAAGACGGAUCACUCGUCCAACCCAAGGCGCGCGUAAAUCAAGAAGUGGUGGGUCGGCAGCGUGGGCAAAGGAUCCCCUUGCCCGUCGAGAAGCUGUUCACCCGAGAGCAGAAGAGGCCUUACGGGCUCGGCAUGGUCGGCCGUCUCACCAACCGAACAUACCGAAAGCGCAUCGACAGCUUUGUCAAGAGACAGAUUGAAGACAUGGACGAUCACAGGCCUUUCUUCAGCUACUGGAUCACAUUCGUCCAUCUACUCGUCACCAUCUUGGCUGUCAGCAUCCACGGCAUCGCUCCAGUGGGCUUUUCCCAACAUGAAACUGUGGAUUCUGUGUUAAGGAACAAAGGUGUGUACGAAAAUGUGAAAUUUGUGCAACAACAAAAUUUCUGGAUUGGUCCAAGCUCAGAGAAGCUGAUCCAUCUGGGAGCCAAAUUUUCCCCUUGCAUGCGUCAAGAUCGAGAGAUUCACAAACUAGUGCAGGAGAAGAGGGACAAAGAGAGAGAGUCGGGCUGCUGCGUGAGGAACGAUCGCUCGGGGUGUUUGCAGACUUUGCAAGAGGAAUGCUCGACCACCUUGGCAUUGUGGGUCAAGUGGCCGCAGCACCCCAGCGCUCCUUCUUUGAAUGGUAAAUUACGUCAAUAUGGUGCUGUUUGCCAUCAGGAUCCCAGAAUUUGUCAGGAGCCUGCCUCUAUUUCGCCUCAUGAGUGGCCUGAAGACAUCACCAAGUGGCCGAUUUGCACGCGGUACAGUUUUGUGAACCACACCAAUCUUCCCCACAUAGAUUGUGCCAUCACAGGCCGGCCCUGCUGCAUCGGAACUAAAGGGCGAUGUGAAAUCACUUCCAGAGAAUACUGUGACUUCAUGCACGGCUACUUCCAUGAAGAAGCCACUCUCUGUUCACAGGUGGCGUGCAUGGAUGACGUAUGUGGCCUCCUGCCUUUUCUCAACCCUGAGGUCCCAGAUCAGUUUUCCCGACUGUGGCUGUCCCUCUUCCUUCACGCUGGGAUUCUUCACUGCCUGGUGUCAGCGUUGUUCCAAAUGACAGUGCUUCGAGAUCUGGAAAAGCUAGCUGGCUGGCUGCGGAUCUCCAUCAUCUACAUGCUUAGUGGCAUCACAGGCAACCUGGCGUCGGCUAUUUUUCUGCCUUACAGAGCGGAGGUCGGUCCUGCGGGCAGCCAGUUUGGCAUCCUGGCGUGUCUCUUUGUGGAGCUUUUUCAGAGCUGGCAGAUCCUUGAGCGACCAUGGCGGGCGUUUGGAAAGCUCUUUGCCAUCUCCGUAUUUUUCUUCUCCUUCGGUUUGCUGCCUUGGAUCGAUAAUUUUGCCCACGUCUGCGGUUUUGUUUCGGGAUUCUUCUUAUCCUUUGCCUUCUUACCAUACAUCAGUUUUGGGCGCUCAGACAUGUACCGCAAGAGGGUCCAGAUCUGUGUAUUCCUGCUGGUUUUCGUAGCUCUGCUCUCCUCCCUGGCCGUCCUCUUCUACGUUUACCCCGUGAAGUGCGACUGGUGCGAAUACCUCACUUGUAUCCCCAUCACGGACAAGUUCUGUGAGAAGUAUGACUUGAACGCAAACCUCCUUUGACUCAUGUCGGCUGCUUUGGACGCACCGCGGGUUCGUGGGGACACGGGAUGUGCCGCGGCGUUUGAAAUGAAGAGAUUCAAGUGCAAAAUCUUUGCGAGACAUUUUUGUAAGGUACUGUCUCGCAUGAAAAAACAAAAUUCAACCCAAA